AUAGCGCCCAGCCUGCAGUGUCUCACAGUUGGGUGGGGCAGAGGACGACGCAAGCCCUCGCGAUGUCCGGCGAUCGACGCGGCGGCGGGCCUCCCGGCAACGGCGACAACCCCGGGGGUGGCUGGGAAACUAUUGAAAAGAAGAAGAAACCGGGGCAAACAUCUGGGAGGGGACAAUGGGCACCAUGGGGUUCAUCCUCAAAUGCUCCACCUACUACAGCACGUCAAGCUUGGAAUGGCAAUGGAUCUUCACGUCCUUCAGGAAACAAUUGGGCUCAACCUUCUGAUCGUAGGCCUGCUGCUAGAGGCAAUCCCAGGGCAUCAUCACAAACAAAGUCUACAGAACCAGACUUGCAAGCACCAAACCCAGUUGUGACUCCACCCCUGGCAAAUGGUUGGCAGUGGGCAUCCAGGCCUCGCCCAUCUGGUCCUGAAAGCAGCAAGGAUGAUGUUGCUUCAUCUGGUUUAGACCCUGAGGCGAAUAAUCCUGAAGCUGAGGAUUCAUCUGAUGAUGAUAAUGAUGAUGAUAUGAGCGAUGACUAUGAUUCUGAUGCAUCUGAGAAAAGUUUUGAGACUCGCAAAAUGAACAAGUGGUUCAAGAGUUUUUUUGAAGUCAUCGAUACCUUAAGUGUUGAUCAGAUACAUGAGCACACUAGGCAAUGGCAUUGUCCGGCAUGCAAAAAUGGACCAGGAGCAAUUGACUGGUUCAAAGGGCUGCAAUCUUUGGUGACACAUGCUAGAACAAAGGGUUCUAAGAGGGUUAAGCUCCACAGGGAAUUGGCUGCAUUGCUCGAAGAGGAGAUGUCUCGCAGGGGAUCUUCUGUCGUACCAUCUGGUGAGCAAUUUGGGAAAUGGAAAGGAUUGCGAGAAAGCACUGACCGGGAGAUUGUAUGGCCACCAAUGGUCAUCGUGAUGAACACCCUACUUGAAAAAGAUGAAGAUGAUAAGUGGUUAGGCAUGGGCAACCAAGAACUUCUUGAAUAUUUCAGUGAUUAUGCUGCGACCAAAGCACGCCAUGCAUAUGGUCCAGGUGGGCACCGUGGCAUGAGUGUGCUAAUAUUUGAAAGCUCUGCUGUGGGCUAUAUGGAGGCAGAACGUCUUCAUAAGCAUUUUAUUGAUCAAAGAACAGACAGGGACACUUGGCAGAAUCGCAGGGUUCCUUUCUUACCUGGAGGGAAGAGACAAUUAUAUGGUUUCCUAGCCAGAAAGGAAGACAUGGAGACUUUCAAUAGACACUGCCAAGGGAAAAGCCGCCUGAAAUAUGAGAUGAGAUCUCAUAAUGAGAUGGUAGUGGCCCAAAUGAAGCAAAUGAGCGAAGAUAAUCAACAACUCAAUUAUCUGAAGAACAAGGUGGUUAAGACAGAGCAGCGCUCUAAAGUUGUAGAAGAAACCCUGGGUGUUAUUACCCAGAAACUUCGAGAGACUAUGGAAGAGAAUAUAUUCGUCAGGAGUAAAGCUAAAGAGAAGCACUCUGAGUAUGAGGAAGAGAUGAAAUCCCAGGAAAAGUUCUUCCAUGAUCAGAUAGAGAACAUUCACAAGGCCACAGAAGACAAGGAAAGCGAGUUUGAGAGGUUGCUGCAGGAGGAGCGUGCGAAGGCUAGACAGUGUGAUGUGGAUUCUGGGACUACUGAAAAUCGUAGCCUAAGGAAGGAACAGGUACAGCGGUUCAUAGAGUGCCAGGUUAAGGACGUGCAGGAGUUUGAGGCUGAAAGAGACGAAUUAAUAAAAGGGCAUGAGGAGAAGAAGGUGCAGCUCAAGAAAGAGUACAUGACAAAGGAGGUGGAGCUCGAGAAGGAGUUUGAUGCCGCUCUCACCGGUCUGAUGGAGAAACAUAGGCCAGGCACCUUCCAGGCCUCCAGCUCCAGCUCGUGAAGAUUCGCAGCUCAGAGCAAUAUCUGAGAUUUUCCUUCUGCAUAAUGACAUCUAAGGAUGCAAGACCAUAUGCGGUGUAUGAUUAGGAAUCCUGAACUUGAUUGUACUUGUAUUGGUGGUUAUAUGGCCAUGAUUAGGAAACCUGAACCUGUCUUAGUGAAGUGUCUAAUGACUGCCUGGGCAGCAAGCGUCGAAUGAGUGAGAUCCCCUCUUGAACA